CGUCAUCACGCACGCAGCUCGAGCCCCGUGUUAAAUGAAUUUGAGGCGGAAUGAGACUCAGCUGUCGGAGUACAACCUCAGAAAAGCUCCAUAACGGCGACGGGAACCGAGCUCAGAUAAGGGCUCAGUCAUGGCUCAUGGGAAUGGCUGCCUCACAGUAGCAGCAGAAGAUGGAGCAGAACAGCAGCAGCCUCUCAUUCUGGAAAGAGUUGAAAGGGAAACUGCAAAAAAAUGGCAAACCGUCGUGUCGCAGCGGCUGAAGAAACACUGCUCGUGCACUUCAAAGAAGGCGAAAUCCAAAAUACUAGGCUUUAUCCCAAUUCUGAAAUGGCUGCCACGUUACCAGCUCAGGGACUGGCUGCUGGGUGAUGUUAUGUCAGGAGUGAUCGUCGGGAUCCUACUGGUCCCCCAGUCCAUAGCUUACUCCUUAUUGGCCAGUCAGGACCCCAUUUACGGUCUCUACACUUCUUUCUUCGCAUCCAUCAUAUAUGCCCUGUUAGGCACUUCCAGACACAUCUCGGUGGGGAUUUUUGGAGUGCUCUGCCUGCUGGUGGGCCAGGUUGUUGACAGAGAGUUAGCUCUGGCAGGAUACCUGACAGAAAGCAGCAGCAUUAGCAGUAACAGCAGCGACAUCCUGCUGGCUGGUCCGGGGAAUGGGAGCGUUGGCGUAGGAUGCGACAGGAGCUGCUAUGCAAUCACAGUGGGAGCUACAGUUACCUUUACUGCUGGGGUUUAUCAGGUGCUAAUGGGACUUUUGCAGAUAGGCUUUGUGUCCGUCUACCUCUCUGACUCCCUUCUCAGUGGCUUCGCUACAGGAGCUUCCCUGACUAUCCUCACUUCCCAGUUUAAAUACCUUCUGGGCCUGAAGAUCCCCAGGCCCCAGGGCUGGUUUACUCUGUUUAAGACCUGGUACAGUCUGCUCACCAACUUGGGAAACACCAACAUUUGCGACCUGGUCACCAGUUUGGUGUGUUUGGCGAUACUCGUACCUACAAAGGAGCUCAACGAUCGCUUCAAAUCCAAGCUAAAGGCUCCAAUCCCCUUUGAGCUCUUUGUGGUGAUAAUUGCAACACUUGCUUCUCACUUUGGCCACUUCAACACUGAUUAUGGGUCAGACGUGGCAGGUGACAUCCCCACAGGGUUCCUCCCUCCCCAGCUGCCCCUGUGGUCUCUCAUCCCCAACGUGGCUGUCGACGCUUUCUCCAUCGCCAUCGUGGGAUUUGCCAUCACUGUCUCGCUGUCAGAAAUGUUUGCCAAGAAGCACGGCUACACGGUUGACGCCAACCAGGAGAUGUACGCCAUCGGCUUCUGCAACAUCCUGCCGUCGUUCUUCCACUGCUUCACUACCAGCGCCGCUCUGACCAAGACCCUCGUCAAGGAGUCGACAGGGUGCCAGACUCAGAUAUCGGGGCUGAUCAGCGCUCUCAUCCUGCUGCUAGUGCUUCUGGUUAUCGCACCUCUUUUCUAUUCCCUUCAGAAAUGUGUUUUAGCCGUUAUCAUCGUGGUAAACCUCCGCGGCGCUCUACGAAAGUUCACCGACAUUCCCCGCAUGUGGCGCGCCAACCGCAUCGACACCUCCAUCUGGCUGGUUACCAUGGCAACCUCAGCGCUGGUCAACACGGAGCUCGGCCUCCUCGUCGGAGUCUUGGUGUCGGCCUUCUGUGUUCUGGGCCGGACCCAGCAGGCCCGGGUCCUGGAGCUGGGCCGGGCUACGACCAGGGAGCACUACGAGGGCCUGUCGUGUUACCGCGGCCUCCAGACACAUCCCGGAGUGGCCGUGUUCAGAUACGAGGCUCCCAUCUAUUACGCCAACCAGAGCUUGUUCAAAAAAUCACUCUACAAGUGUGUAGGGCUCGACCCUGUGAAGGAGAAAAGCCGGCGUAUAAAGUUUAAGAAGAACAAGCGGCAGGAAGAGGCCGCAAGAGUCCUGAAUGUCAAGUCAGAUGAGAAAGAGGACGCAUGUAAAGAUAAUGGAGCUGCUGUGACCUUGAUGCUUGACCAGAACUCUUCUCAUAGCUUACGCAAUGUAGUGAUCGACUGCAGCGCCGUCUUGUUUCUAGACACUGCUGGAAUGAAUGUUCUGAAAGAGGUCCACAAAGACUAUGCAGAGCUGGGGGUCAAGGUUGUCCUGGCCCAGUGCAAUACUUCAGUGCUGGACACUCUGGAAAGAGGCGGAUACUGUCCUGACAAAAACGGAGCUAAAACAGGAGAAAACAAAAUGAUUUUCUUCACUAUUGCAGACGCCGUCCACUACAUCCAAAGCCUUCGCACUGCUAACGGAGAUUAUGACACCAAAUGCUAAAAAGAUGUUGUCCAAAUAUCUUUCUUUACCUGUACGCAGCAUGUAUCUUACAUAUAACAAAAGGAAAUUCUAUUGUUACCUAUGUGCCUUGUAAUGCUAGAAGUCCUUUCUUCUUUUAAUUAUUUAUACCAGACUUUAUUUAAUGUUGUUUCCAAAUCUUAUUUAUACAUAGAAAUGGAACUUAAGUGUAAUUUUUUAAGGUACAAAUGAAACUUCACUGGGGUUAUAUUUCUCUUUGUAGGUUUAUCACUAUAAAGCACAUCACUAGCGUUAUGUCCCACGCUCUAGCUUUCACCUAACUUCAUUUUUAAUAGAGUAGUUUGCAUGGUGGCUAUAAACGUUUACUUCACAGCAAAGAUAAUAGUUAACUAAAAUAGAACUGUGCCACACAGCUCUUGUCCAUGAAUCACAACCCUAUAGAACUUUGUGUAUUCUUGGACUGCUGUGCCUUGAGUCAGAUAAUUUUCUAUCUGUUGUAGAUUUAGAUCAGCGCAAAACAGUAAAAAGAAAAAAGUUUGUCAUUGAGAAAUGCAGCUGUGAGGGGAAGUUUCACUUGGUGUCUAAUAAUCAUUUCAAAGCUCUUUUUUUUAAGUUUUUCUACGACAUAAAUCGUAAAUUAACUUCCUGCCUGCUUUUCUUAAAGUACUUAUUUUGUAAGAAAUGACCAGACUCUGCCUGAACAUGAAUGUAGCUUUUUGUCUUCCUUCCAGUAAUCAAGGGACAAACAUUGGGUGAAACAUGGUCAAGUUUGUAAAGCCAUAAAGCAAUAAAUGAAAACUGGAAGGGCAACUUGGUAAGACGACAAACACCAGUUCAGGUACCAUUUUGCAGUUAAUGUGUAUUCAGACUGCUGUGCCUUUAGCAGAGCCUGUACAGAACAAAUGUAUAAAUGUAUGUAUCCAGUAAAUGUGUAUACUAGUAAUGUUUUUGUAUCAGGUACUUUGACAUAUGAAUGACAACUUAGACAAUCUUCCAUCUGCUUGUGGUUCUCAAUCAUCCUGUUACCAUAACAGUUAAGGUUUGUCAGUUUAACUCAGAUUUUAGGGCAGGGGAGUUUUCCUGUAAAGAAAACCAAGCCAGAACCGAAUGUGUCGCUGUGAUGUAUUACUUCAUAAUAUUUGUUCUCAGUCCAAGUGUGCUGAGGGUCAUGACUUCACUGACCAUACAGCUUCUGCCUCCUUUACUGUAGCUGGGUAAAUGCAAGAGCUGGGUGACAGAUGAGGCCAAAGUUAAAGAAAAACCAUUGUGCAGUAAAAGCCAUGUGAGAUUUAUGUCAAAACUGCCUGCUGGAGUUUCGGUUGUUGAGUUUAUUGUUGAGUUGCACCUCUCAGGUUGGGUUCACGGCAGUAUGUACGAGGAGAAAGGUGUGAUUGUAUAAAUAGACAAACACAAUCAGGUCAUCUGAGGCAACGUUAAAACCUUUCAUGAGGCCUUGUUUUCCAAAUCUGUGCUAUUAAAAUAUGACACUGUGACUGUGGCCUGAAAUCAACGACUGUUGAAAUCAGACCUCGAGUUUUCUCGCACUAAAUCAUGACGACAAAGAAGGGAGUGUGAUCCCUGCUGGGGAUAAACUUAGAUAGAUGGUGGUGUGUUUGUAGCUGUAGUUGUUGCUGUAUCCAAAUUAGCUGCAUUAAACUACCUAGUAACAUUAUUUGUUUAGCACUUGUAGUUACAAAGGUUCUUAAAGUACAGCAGUGACAUGUUUUACCAUAUGCACUGUAGGGCAUUAAAACUAUACCCAAAAACA